AUCCUACACGUUGAACAGAGACACGAACGCCGUUGCGCCCUUUAAACAAAUGGUUGUCCAAGUAAAUCCGCCCACUCGCCACUACAGCAAAACAAUGGAAGGAAGUCAGCAAAAGGUGGAGGCUAAUGUCUUACUACUUGGAGCUGAAAGCGUCGGUAAAUCUGGUGAGCACAAUUUAAUUAAUCCUUGAAAUUUAAUUGCACUUUUAUUAAUGAAGAGCGACUUUUUGUGAUCUUUGAAAGUAGACCGGAGUUAUGACGGCCAAAUGCAAUGUGAAAUGUAUUUCCUGGUGUAAUACAUUUACUGAUGAACAUGUCUCAUUAAUUGCGCUAUUUUCUGUCCUCAGCUCUCACGGUGCGGUUUCUUACUAGAAGGUUUAUCGGCGAAUACGGCGAUAUUGGUAAGUGCUGGUAUUUUGACUUGAUCCAUUGAUAAUGAUAUAAUUGCAUUCAAAUCAAUAGGUUACAGUAGAUCAAACCAAAUAUCUAAAUGGUCCGUUAUUUUUGCCUUUACAGAAUCCAUCAACAGUCAUACUGACCGAAUAGACGGACGGGAGAUCUGCUUCAAUAUCUGGGACUCGCUUUGCCCCCAGGUGAGGGAAAACAUCCUAUAUAAUUUAGGCUACAUGAUGAUAAUAACGUUAUAGUGGUCACAACAAAGACUUUCACUAGUGGAUACUCAAACAUGCAGAGCAUUCUGGAGUUUUUCUAUUCAACAAGGAGGUUAAAAUGUUCACUAAAUAACUGUAUUUUGUCUUCAUGUGUUUUAGAAUGGUGAGGUCGCGGGACACAUCAGCGACAGACAACUCCAGUGGGCGGACGGUUUCAUCCUGGUUUACAGCAUAUGUGACCGUGCCAGCUUCAACGUGGUGCGGCAACAGGUGCAGCGCGUCCAGCAAGCCAAAAGCAAAUUCCCCGGCGCCCCUCCCAUCAUCAUCGUGGGGAAUAAACGUGACCUCCAGCAUCGCCGCACCGUCUCCAGCGAGGAAGGACGCCUCCUCGCACUUUCCACAGACUGUGGCUUCUUUGAGAUCUCUGCAGCGGAGACAUACCACGAGGUACAGCUGGUAUUUCACGAACUGCUCGACCUUAUCCGAGAGGCGAGGGCGCUCAAGAAGGGUGCAGCUGGGAUCAAGGGUAUUGUGAGAAGCAUGUCCGCAGUUUUCGGAAGGAAGAGGACUGAGUAGUUCCAAUAGCCUAAUACGAGAGACAUUGAGAUGUUACUGUAAUUAUGCAUCUAAACGGCCCAGGACUUGUCCAUGUGUAAAGUGGAUGGUUAUGUUUCCAUAUUGGAAUAGGUCAAUGCGCAGCGCUAUGAUGUAGGCCUAACUGAACACAAGCCGGUUGGAUUGUUACUCAAAUGAGAUGACUGACAAUCAAAUCCUGUCAAACUGACAUGGGCCUUUGGACAACAUACUUACUGCAGAAGAAGUACUCUUGAGUGACUAUGAGGUCAGGUGGCCUAAAGUAGCAUUACAUGCCCUUAAAUUGCCAACUUGUUAGAUUGCCAUGUAACAUGCCAUACAAUUGCCAACUGUAAUGCAGAUGGUCUCUUGUUUAAAUGCCUGGAAGAAGUAUUGUGGAAAACCUAUGUGCAAUAGACAAUUUAUUUCUCUUCACAAAUCUGUAUCAGCAUGCAGAAAGUUCUAAGGGUCAGGCCUGCUUGGUCUUAUCAUUGGCACAAUCCCUUUUUGGACUAUUGACAAUCUAUGCAAGACAGACAAGCGAAUGUGUAAUAUUAUAAUGGUGUGAUCAUUAAACUUGCUGUCUUAGUUGGUAUACAUGUAGCCUCCAGUAGCUUUGCUGCGUUUCCAUCCAUGGUACCUACAUCAAUCACACUUCAAGGCAUCUUGAAAGGCCAGCCAGUUGGGGACCAUUCUCUGUUCAUCUUUAGGACGUUAAUUAAUGUCAAUACCCUCUAUUGAGUGUGCUGUACAUUUUACAUCUUUGAAGAAUGCAGAGGCCUACUUGACUUUUUCAUAGGGGUGUUAAUGCAGUGGGCAAACUUCUUGUCUAUUUCAAUAGCCUACUACUGAUUCCUAUCAUGUUUUUUUGGUAACUUUUCAUAAACUAUGAAAACUGAAGUCAUGUUUGUUAUACAAGUCAUUAGACUUUAACUGUACAAAGUGUGCAUACCACAGAACUUGGUCCUACGAUUUCUAAAUAAAAUGUGAAAUUAA